CUAUGAACGUGUAUUAUUACUGUUCAGCCGUUAAGUGGAGUGGUAUUCUCGACUUUAGUAAAUAUUUAUUAAUAUAUUUUAUCGUGUGAUGUUUAUUUUGAAAUAUCAUAGACAAAUCUUUAUCACAUUAUGUGUGUACAUCGGCCAAAUGCUAGGAGGGUAUCUGCUCAGUUGGACGGCUCCAGUGAUCCCCAAAUUGGAGGACCCAAACCAAUCACCUCUGUCCCGAACUCUCACUGACGUGGAGAAAUCUUUGCUGGCUUCUGUCAUUUAUGUUACGGGAUUUCCAGGUGUGUUCUUUACUAGUUGGUUAGCGAAUUACAAGGGCCGUAAACCAACCUUGAUAAUGGGAUCAUUUGUACUUCUAAUCUCAUUUCUUAUAUUAGCCGUAGCUACAAAUUUCACCACUUUAUUAAUUGGAAGAUUAGUUACUGGUUUUGGAAUAAGUUUCGGUGGUGUUAUAACGACAGUUUAUCUGGGUGAGAUUGCUUCCACUAAUAUUCGAGGUAUUACGUUGACUGGACUGGGAAUCAUACAAACGUUUGGUUCUCUAAUUAUGGUUUCAGUGGGACCUUUUGUUUCAUACGCAGUUAUAUGUUACAUAGGUGUUGCUAUAUCAGCUGUUUAUGUAAUAGCAAUGUUCCUGAUUCCAGAAUCUCCUGUUUAUCAUGUUGUUAAAGAUAAUGAAAAAAAGGUACUAGCAGUGCUCAAAAUCCUAAACAGAGAGUCUGCAUUACAAGAAGUCAUCGAUCUGAACAAGAACAAAGUCGUAGCAAUCGCUAGAGAAGAUUGGAAAGAAUUGUUCACUUUGAAAUGUAACAGACGAGGUUUAUUCAUAACAGGAACAAUAAUGGCAUUACAUUAUAUUAGUGGUAUUUUGGUUAUAUCAUUUUUUGUUACGACAAUAUUUCAAGCCGCUGGAUCGUCAAUAGAGCCAAGUAUAGCAUCUAUUAUUAUAGGAUGUACACAAUUAGUAGGGAGCUCGUUAGCACCAAUAUUCAUAGAAAGAUCUGGAAGACGAAUGCUAUUGAUGACUUCUACAGCUAUUUGCUGUUUGAGUAUGACAUUCUUUGGUGUAUAUUUUUAUUUGAGCUAUAUUGAAUCGCCUAUUGUGGAAAAAAUAAAAUGGCUGCCAUUGACGUUGUUGAUUAUAUUCUUCUUGAGUAAUAAUAUGGGUUUCGGCACAAUUCCUAGCACAUUAUCAGGAGAAGUGUUUAGCUGCAAUGUUCGUAGUAAGGGCACAGCUGUCGUCUUCGCUAUAUCCUGGGCAUGUGGGUUCGCUGUCACCACCCUGUUCAACUCCAUGCUGACCCUGGGAGCCCAUUUCGUGUUAUGGUUCUUUGCUUUUACCUGCUGUUUGGCUUUCUUAUUCACUGUCUUCUUCGUCCCUGAGACUAAAGGCAAGAGCCUUGUUGAAAUACAGGAUAUGUUGAGUAAAUGAUGUAA